ACUGUCAAACAGAGCUGUCAACGGAGGUAUCGGGUGUCAUCAAGUCACUAUCAAAUCUCGUUAGACCUCUUUGAUCCAAGAUGAAGAGGUUGCUAUUGAAAGCGAGUCCGAUGGCGAACAGAUAGACUUCUUCAGGGUCUUCCUCAGCAUCCUCUUCAGCCUCUUCUUCGAGUAUCUGAUUCAGGGAUAUCGAGUCCAGGUUGGGAGAUGGCAGGGGUAGUUCGCUUCCUCUUCGCGAUCAUGCUCUGCAUCGCCAACAUGAUCAUCUACGGGCUCAAGGUGAACAUCUCGACGGCGAUCAUCGGGAUGGUGAAGAGAGACAACGCGUCGACCUCUGGGGGAGGUUCCGAGGAGUGUCCGGAGUACUUGCAGGACAACGGCGACGACCCAACCGACCUGGAAGGACCCUUCGAGUGGACCUCCACCCAGCAGGGUCUCAUCGUCAGCGUCUACUUCGCCGGCUACCUCGUCGGCAUGUUCCCAGCUGGCUACCUGGCUGAUCGGUUCAACACCAAGUGGGUCCUGCUGAUCUGCGUCCUGGGGAACGCAGUUCUCACCUUGCUGGUCCCAGCAGCUGCGAACGAGAUCGGGGUCCUGUUGACCCUGAGGUUCCUCACGGGGCUCAUCAGCGCUGCCAACUUGCCGGUCGUCAACGUCCUCGUCGGCAAGUGGGUCGUCUACGAGGAGAAGAGCACCUGGGUCGGCGUCAUCUACAGCGGCACCUCGCUCGGGACCGUCGUCUCUAUCCUCUCCUCAGGAAUGAUCCUCAACUACCUUGGCUGGGAAGCCGUCUUCUACAUCCACGGGAUCCUGCCCCUGAUCUGGUGCGCGGUGUUCCUGGUUUUCUUCGCGGAUAACCCCGAAGAGCAGCGGUACAUCACCGAAGAGGAGCGGCACCUUCUGAUCAAUAGUUACGGCCAUCGACCCCCUGGGGUCAAGAAGAUCAAGGUCCCCUGGAAGGCCAUCUUCUCCUCCGUUCCCUUCUGGGCGCUGAUCAUGACGAACAUGCUCGGGAACUUCUGCUGGUACUUCUUGCUUACCCAACUGCCGCUCUACAUGAACAAAAUGCUCCGGUUCGACAUCAAGAAGAACGCAUCUAUAAGCUGUGCUCCCUAUCUUAUCAAUGCCUUUGUGAACCCCGCGUUGGGCAGAGUUUUGGAUUGGGGACGCAAAAAUGGCUACUGGUCCCAGACUCAGGGCAGAAAACUUGCCGUGGCAGUCAGUUGCAUCCCGCCGAGCGUAAUUCUCCUGAUAAUUGCAUACAUCGGAUGCGCUCGCACGACCACGGUGAUUCUCCUCUGUCUCAGCAUUGUUAUUUGCGGGGCCAUUUUCGUUGGUCAUCUGUGCAACCAAAACGACUUGGCGCCGAAUUACGCCGGCACUUUGAUGGGCAUUACCAACACCCCCGGUACCAUUUCGGCAUUCGUACUUCCGGCCCUCGUGGGUGCCAUUACAGAGGACGGGCACACUUUCCUCAGGUGGAGGUACAUCUUCUGGGUCAACAUAAUCGCGCAGAUGUUGGCGUUCGCGGUUUUCACGGUCUUCGGGUCUGCAAAGAUCCAGGACUGGAAUUACCCUGAAGAGCGCCCUGAAGAGUCCUCCCCAGAGGCGCUGCCACCUAUCAAGGAGUCCAAGUCGAAGGACCUCGCACAGGAGACUUAAUUCCUAGGACUCUGGAAUAAUGGGGAACUAAUUGUGCCGGAGCUGAUGAAGCGGGGCGGCACUUCAGAGGAGGACCCCGUGAAGAGGAGGGCCUCUUCGAGGGUGGCAAAGCCGCGACUUUGACUGGCAAAGGCCACCCACGUGUCAAGAGACCAAUUAGGCGCGACCUGGCAGAAAAAUGCGGCUCGUCCCAAUUAGAUUUGCGCGGCGCUACGUCUUCAGGCUGUCAGAUGGGAAACCGGGAAGCCGGGACGUCUCUUCCCUCCUCUCUGGAGCGAUAUUUACGUCCUUUGAAAUAUUACGUUUGUAGCCUAUUUUCGGAAUAUCGCCUCUCGGGCACGACGAGAGAGGACGCCGCUAAGUCGUUUCCUUGGCUCCGGAUUUAGCCGCGCCUCGCGGCAUCGAAGAUGUCCCUUAAAAAUAGAUGAUGGUACCGUGCCCCCGGAUCCAUCCAUUUCCCAUGGAAGGGGUUGGGGAUGAUCUGCCUGAGAUAUUAAUCCCUUCCUUGGAGGACGGUGGGACGUGAAAUGACUUUUGAAACCGGCUGAGGUACCUUGCAUUUGGGAUUAUCCGAAGUGCCCACCACCUGGACUGAUGGGGUACAUUUUCUUCCGCGAUCCUUGACAAUGAUUCCAUUGCCCUGAAACUGUUCACUAAUUUUCUAUGGAACUGGAAGUAACCUGCCUGAGACAUUAAUUCUUUCUUUGGAGGACGGUGGGACUUGAAAUGAUUUUUGAAACCAGGUGAGGUACCUUGGGAUUCUCAUUUGGGAUGGUGUGAGGAGCCUUGUACCUAGACUGGUACAUGGUACCUUGCAGAAAGACUGAUGGUACAUGUUUUUUGUAUGGCCCUCAAAAUGAUCCAAGUGAGAUAUUAAUUUCCUUCAUGGACAAAGCCAUGACGUUAAAUGAUUGUGCCAUUUGGAUUGUCCACGUUUCGCUCUGCACAGCUUGCAAGAUGAUUGGGCGCGGUACCAACAAUAAAUGGUCCCGCCAAAGUUAUGAAGUUCGUGACCAUGGUUUAUUAAAAAAUACCCGAAGGGAGGAAAAGCGAAUUUUGUUUGUUUUUUCGAGGAUAGUUGCAAUCAAAUCCAGAAUCACCGGGUCAUGUUUGGUCUGUUGGGGAGCCAGCUUCCAAAAUAUAGGAUGUAAAUGAAUGGAUGCUAGCGUCGAUGAUGGGUACUCCGAUGAAUAAUUUCUUACGAUUAUUAAUUGACAUUAUGGAACCAUAGAUACUGGAUCGAGGAGGCAAAGGAUGUCUUAGUCCUUAAUAUUCCUAAUGUCAUGUCGGGCCUCUUCUAGGGUUGGUUCUAGCUUUCAGAAUGCUGCUCAAAAUGCACUUAGUUUCCAAAAUGCUGCUCGAAAUGCACUCAGCUUAGACUAAAAAAAUAUUAAAAAUGCACUCAGCUUAGACAAAAAAAAUAUUAAAAAUGCCCUCAGCUUCCGUAUUCUAGGACGCAGACGGUAAAUGAUGGAUAACCGACGGAUAAAAACGACUUCCCACGAUUUUAAAAUGAAAUUAUGGUAUCAUCGGUGGAGGAGCCAACCGAGCAAAGGGUUAAGGAACGGGAACCAGCUCCCGUCUACAUAGGGACUUAAAAUUCCAGGCCGGCUCGGUCGUGUGUCCCACCUCGCGGUAGGUGCGAGGUCGGAGGGCUUUCUUCGCCGUGUUCACUAAUUCAUGAGAUGAAUAACUUACGAGCGAGCCUAUGAAUAAUGCUUAUGCGGCUCUUAACCCGACGAGCAGGUGACCUCGAGCGUAGGUUUUCGGCAACCUGUCGAAAUGCAGGGCGAUAGGGCCAACCGGACAUCCCCGUGGGAAACCACUUGCCGGAAGGAUCCUUCCCUAACGAGAUGAUCCAACGAUCGAUUUCUAAACCUAAUCACGAAUUAUUACCUCUCAUUAUUCUCAGGCCCGACAAAGGUGUCCGAAAGGCGCAUCGAAUCGUUAAAUGAUCUUUCGAUCGAGGACUACAGAUGAUGACGGGCGAAGAUAGGAAGAUCAUGAAUCAGCUUACGGGGAACUGGAUCGAUAUUUAUCGAUAUUUAUAUUCACUUGGAAAUCAGUGAAUACGAUUUCUUUCUCUGAGAACCGAUCGCCGUUGAUUACAGAUGAUAGAGAACAAUGUGAUUCGGUAACGAGUGACGUUCGGCCUUAAAAUUGUGAUAGUGUUUGGUGAUUUCCAAUGAUUUCCAGUGAUUUCGAACAAUCGAAACCAUGAUUUCCUUCCUUGAGAACCGAUUGCUGUUGAUUUCGGGUGAUAAGCAACAAUGCGACUCGGUAACGAGUGACUUUCUUCGGCCUUAACCCUUUAAUCCUUUGAGCGCUGUCGGCGCAUAUGUGCGUCCGACGUUUGGUCGAAUAUCGCUAGCACGCCCUGACGAAAUUCGCCCAUACGCCGAAAGUACUUAGCACCCAAAGGGUUAAGGACGUGGAGAUGCACUACCUGUACGGAUAGCUCGGCCGCGAAGUGUUAAUAUUUUAUAUAAAUACGAUAUUAAUGUGUCGCUUUGAAUACAUGGGAACGAAGGAGGCCACUAUAGCGGCGUUUCGUAAUUAAAGGGUUAAAAUUGUGAAUGUUUCUGUAUUUCCAACAAUUUCCGCUUACGAUUUCCGGCUAAUUUCUGCAUGAUUUUAAGCGUUAAAAUCCAUGAUUUUAUGAAUAAAUAGCCCCUCACCCUA